GAGACUGUGACUCACUCACUGACUAGUGGCUCGGUCACUCCUUCAUAUAUUGCUUACAUGAUGGUGAGAGAGUGAGAGAGAGAGAGAGAGAGGUUUGUGGAUGGCUCUACGAAGUGUGAGCAGAAAAGCCAUAGGAUUGAAACUUGUGCAUAAGCAUGGCUUUGUUCGUGGGUUGUCGAGUACGGGGUUCUCGCUACCGGAGUUCUCGCUACCAGACCUUCCCUACGACUACGGGGCUCUGGAGCCGGUGAUCAUGGCGGAGAUCAUGAAGCUCCACCACCAGCACCACCACCAGUCCUACGUCACUAACUACAACCAGGCCCUCCUCCAGCUUGAACAUGCCCUCUCCGUGGCUGAUUCCCCCACCAUCGUCCGGCUGCAGAGCUCCAUCAAGUUCAACGGCGGAGGUCAUAUAAAUCACUCUAUUUUCUGGAAGAAUCUCUCGCCCAUUAAAGAACUGGGUGGUGAGCCCCCAAAGCCUUCCCUAGGCUCUGCCAUUGACACCCAGUAUGGUUCUCUUGACGCAUUGAUUCAGAAAGUCAAUGCAAGAGGUGCUGCUCUGCAAGGCUCCGGAUGGAUUUGGCUUGCUCUGGAUAAGGAGCAGAAGAAGCUCUCAGUUGAAACCACUGCAAACCAGGAUCCACUUGUAACUAAAGGAUCAGCUUUGGUUCCGUUGAUUGGAAUAGAUGUUUGGGAGCAUGCAUACUAUCUGCAGUACCAUAAUGUGAAAGCCAAUUAUGUGAAGAACAUAUGGAAGGUUAUUAACUGGAAAUAUGCGAGUGAAGUUUAUGAGAAAAACUGUCCUUGAGACGAUAAGCUUGUACUGUGUGAAAAAAUAAAAAAACAGCCUUUUGGUUAUCU